CUCACUGCAGAACGCGACAUCCAGGGGGCGGGGUUGGAUUUAGAUCCAGGGGCGGAGCUGGAUCCCGAUCCAGAGAUCCCAUUGGUCGGCAGUUUUACCACAAGACACGUCAUACACGUGUUGCUGCGUUACCAUUUCCGCAUUAAGUCGUAACUAAAUUAAGUUAUUAUUUUGACAUAAAAACUAACUUUACUUAUGACUACAAUAAAAGUAGUGCCUUUAGGGUGAAAUGUAAGUUUUUUGCUAUAAUGUUUUGGAGUAAAACAUUUCGGGUAAGCCUACUAUGAGUAAUCUUACCACAUGCAGUUUAAGACCUAUUAAUGGAUACAGUAUAAAUAUGCAUACUUAUUAAAAUAUAUAGGCUAUGGCAUGUUAUUUAGAAAUUAAUGAAUUGAAUGUUUAUCUUGUAUGGACUUUGAACUUGUUUUAACGCGUCUUUGGAAACAGCCAUUAGGAAACAGGUUUCCCUCGUAGAUGGUUUACUUUUUUUAUUUGCUAAUAAAAGAUAUCAAAUAAAUUUGUUUUUAUAUUUACUCGUAUAGGAAUAGCUGUGUUAUAAGUGGGAUAAUGUACAAAUAAAUCUCUUCAGUGAUAUCAAACUGUCGGGAACUUGUCCGUACUCUUACACCUAACUGUGAUACUUUCUAAAUUAUGAAUCUUUCUCAACUAUAUUAUUAAUCAAACAUACACUUAAAUUGAUAAGAGCAAACGUUGGCGACCACAGGUUGCAACUAAUUGCGGGCUGCAACAACGCAAAUAUACUGGUUCAUUUGGCGGAACAAAGUAUAUAAAGUGGGAGGAGUUGGAUCUAGAUCCAACCCCGCCCCCUGGAUGUCGCGUUCUGCAGUGAGGCGCUACUGCAAAAUCACGCGAGAAUUGUCCGCAGCUUUAUUUUCUCUAGCCAGAACCGAGCUCGCGUGUGAUGUGAUUGUGUAUUCUCGUUGUUUUUCUCUCUUGAGUGUUUUAUUGAGAGUAAACAGAGUCUUGUCGCUGUGUAUUUUAGUGUAAGUUAUAUCGAUGAUGAGAAAUGAGAUGGAUGUGCUGUAAAUCAGUAGGAAGUUGUCUGUCCAUGCUGGAUAUUAAUGAUUUCACCACAGAAAUCUCUCAGCUCAGAAAGAAAUGGCGUUACUGGAGGGAAAGUUGAGGUCAAGAGGAGACGAAGAAGUGAAGAAAGAGGAUGUGGAUGUGUUUUGUUGUGAAUCUUCAGUGUAUGUGACUGACGGGAUCUCUACAGAAUGUCGGGAUCAAAGCUCAUCACAGUUAAUGCUGGACAAACUCUCUGAAGAGAAAUCCAGACACACACAGGACUCGGAGUUUAAUCUCACUUUACUCUGUUAUACUGAGUCAAAGCCCACAGACGCUCAGGACACUGCAGUGUGUGGCAGUAUUCAGGGUAUAAAGGAUGAGGAUUUUACUGAUCAAACCUCCACAGAGUCUCUGGAUUCUGCCUGUAACGCUGGAGAACAGCAGCAGAUCCUGCAGACCACACUGAAGAUGUGUUCAGUCAAACUGGUGGACUGCAGGAACCUGAUAAUGAAGAUAAAAACGCAACCUAUUGAAGAGGAAGAUCGCACAGAGGACUUUAUCCUGCCAGAUGUGAAGAGUGAUACAUGUUCUGAUGAAGGAAGGUCCUCAACAUCAAAAGAGCGACUGGCAGCACAAACUCAAGAGAAGAAACUUCAUUCAGAAAAGCACAGAGAGAAGAAGAAGAAGUUUCACUGUGAGCAUUGUGGGAAGAAUUUUGUCUACUUAUCUCAGCUUAAAGCCCACACGAGGACACACAGUGAUGAAAAGCCUUUCUGUUGCACUGAAUGUGGCAAUUACUACAGGACCAAAUAUAGUCUUAAUGCUCAUAAGAGAAUUCACACAGGAGAAAAAGCGUACAAGUGCAGCGAAUCUGAAAAAACUAUGGAUUCAGGUUCAUUAAAAUCACACCAGAAUAUUCACUCUAAAGAGAAACUAUAUCAAUGUUCACACUGUGAUAAACGUUUUCAUCUAAAAUAUCUUCUGAUAUGCCAUCAGAGAGUUCACACUGGAGAGAAACCUCAUCACUGUAGUGUUUGUGGGAAGAGUUUUCAUCAGCGUUCCCAAUUAGUGUCACACCAGAGAACUCAUACAGGUGAAAAACCUUACAAAUGUCCUCAUUGUGAGAAGAUGUUUGCUCGACAAGAUGUCCUGAGAACCCAUCAGAGAGUUCAUACAGGAGAAAAACCUUACGUCUGCUCUUACUGUGGAAAAAGCUUCUCUGAUCCAUCUCAUUUCAGAGUUCAUCAGAGAGUUCACACAGGAGAAAAACCUUACGUCUGCUCUCAAUGUGAAAAAAGCUUCUCUGAUCCAUCUCAUUUCAGAGUUCAUCAGAGAGUUCACGCAGGAGAAAAACCUUACGUCUGCUCUCACUGUGAAAAAAGCUUCUCUGAUAAAUCUCAGUUCAAAGUUCAUCUGAGAGUUCACACUGGAGAGAAACCGUAUCCCUGUAAUGUUUGUGGGAAGAGUUUUAAUCAACGUUUCAACUUAGUGACACACCAGAGAACUCAUACAGGUGAAAAACCUUACAAAUGUCCUCAUUGUGAAAAGACGUUUGCUCAACAAUAUGGUAUGACAAUCCAUCAGAGAGUUCAUACAGGAGAAAAACCUUACGUCUGCUCUCACUGUGGAAAAAGCUUCUCUGAUCGAUCUCAUUUCAGAGUUCAUCUGAGAAUUCACACUGGAGAGAAACCGUAUCACUGUAAUGUUUGUGAGAAGAGUUUUAAUCAACGUUUCAACUUAGUGACACACCAGAGAACUCAUACAGGAGAAAAACCUUACGUCUGCUCUCACUGUGGAAAAAGCUUUUCUAAGCAAUCUCAUCUCAGAGUUCAUCUGAGAGUUCACACUGGAGAGAAACCUUACGUCUGCUCUCACUGUGGAAAACGCUUCUCUGAUGGAUCUCAAUUAAGAGUUCAUGAGAGAGUUCAUACAGGAGAAAAACCUUACGUCUGCUCUCACUGUGGAAAACGCUUCUCUGAUGGAUCUCAAUUCAGAGUUCAUGAGAGAAUUCACACAGGAGAAAAACCUUACGUCUGCUCUCACUGUGGGAAACACUUCUCUGAUGGAUCUCAUUUCAGAAUUCAUCUGAGAGUUCACACAGGAGAAAAACCUUAUCACUGUAAUCUUUGUGGGAAGAGUUUCAGUCAAAAAAAGUUUUUAGUGAAACACCAGCGAAUUCACACUUUAUAAAUGCUUUCAGUUGGAUAAGAUGUUUGCUCGACAAGAUGGUCUGAGAAUCCAUCAGAGGGUUCAUACAGGAGAAGAACAUUAUCACUGCCAUCAUUGUGGAAAGAGCUUCUCUACUUAAUCACAUUUCAGUGUUCAUCAGAGAGUUCACACCGGUGAGAAACCUUAUCACUGUAGUGUUUAUGGAAAGAGUUUUAGGCAACAGGCUACCUUACUAAAACACCAGGUAACUCGUACAAAGAGUUAAAUUGCUUUCAUUGUUGUAAGACGUUUGCUUGAUGAGAUUUGCCUGAAGAUUUAUCAGUUCAAUUCAAAUUGUUCAUCAUACAAAAGCAGCUUCACAUGAAAUACAAAAAAGAAAACUUAAAAAGCAAAGAACAACAGAGCAUGGCAGUUUUAAAUCUAGUUUAGGAUGGCGUAUUAGAAGUUACAUGGAGUCAUUUUCAGCUGAGCGUCAUGAACAAACCCUGGAGAAGUGCAUUCGGCACAGAAAUACUCUGUAACACACCCAACUGCUUUUUUGACACUUUGCCUACAUGUAGCAUGAGGAAGCAACUCUAUAACUGUGAUAAUUAGUCAGAAUGCAUAAAAUACCUUUGAACCAUCCCUUUCAAGUCUUACAAAAAAAAUGGAUGUGUUUGUGUGCUCGGUUCCGGACAAACUUACUACUUUAUAACUGUAUUACAAGAAUAGGAUAGGGCCUAGAAUUGAUCCCUGUGGUACACCAUAUUUAACCUAAGAGUAACAUGAUUUUUCCUCAAUUACGUAAUUAAAGUGAUAGCCUGGUUUAGAUCUUAUUUAUUAAUGUCGACUCAAUUUUCUAGUCUAUCAAGUAGGAUUGUGGGGAAGGUUGUGCUAAGGUCUAGUAAUAUAAGGAUCAAGAUUGCCCAAGGAUCAGAUGCUAAUAGUAGGUCUUUUGUGACUCUAAGCUAGCCUGGCUAACACCAGACCAGUCUCGUAGAGAAUGAGAUGUGGUCUGGGAACCACAUGCUCAUUUUCUCGUAUCUGAGGCAUUGUUUACGAAUGUCCAGAGCCAUUGAUUGGGCGCUACAAAUGUCUAUCAAAUGCAUCUCUACGUAUCUUAUAGCCAAUCGUUUUAAUUAUACCCGAUGACGCAUGUAGAGAGACAUAAAUUCAAGCGUCAACAACUUUUUUCGGUACAUGUGGACACAGCUGAAAGUAUAUUGAUAUUAAAAAGCAACACAACUUAGUGGCACUGUGAAACCACAGUAGGUAAACUACAGGCAUAAUGACAAUAUGAUAUUAAUAAAUACCACUUACCAUUUAUAAGUUAAAUGGACUUCAUCAACGACGAUGCCUAGCAGGCUGGUCCUAUAAAACUCUGUGGCUAUCAUGUCUUGCCUUAUCCAGACAUCCUUCUUAUAUAUGAAAUUGUUUAACGCCAAAAGUUGCUCUUUUAAAAAAACUACUUAGAACACUAUCUAAGGCUGCAUUGAAAAGUAACUUCGCAUCUGCUGCCUUGUUGGAUAAACAACACUGCUUUGGUGUGUCGCAUAGACGUUGUCAUCGUCUUGCUGCCCCCACCCUGUUCUGUGAUUUGGUUCCCUAUGUCAGGGAAAAUAGGUCCAUGGUUUCCAUGCUAGACUUGCAGUGUGAAUAAAUUUGCACGCAAGGCAGCAUGGGGAAACCCAGGCUAACUCAAAGCAUCACUGUUUCUGUGAUAUGGUGGGGCCUAAACCCUAAAUUUUUUUAUACAUACUAUUAUUCUCUAAGAAUGUGCACAGUUCUCUAGCCACUACUGCGCUGGUAAACUUGAUCAAUCAGUUUGUUCAUCUGCAUUUUCUAGAUCAGAUUCGGGCUUUUAUUAAUAAGGCAAUAAAGGCGAAAUUAUCUCCUUUCACCAGCGUUGCCAGGUCCGUUAUGACACGCGUUAUGAUCAGGAGCAGGAUCAGGUGGUCUGUUGGUCAUAAUGGGUUUAUUCUGUCUGAUGAUAUGGACGUUUUUGUAUUAUAAACAGAGAUCAAAGUGUUCUAAAUCGUAAUGCAUUCCAGUUUGUCAGACUCAUCCUUAUGUUGUUUAAAACCUGUAUGAAUUUCUUUUUUCUGAUAAACACAAAAUUAGAUUUUUUAUAAAUGAUGGAAAACACACAGCUAAUUGUAACAAUUGACUUCCAUAGUAGGAAAAAAAUAUGAUGGAAUUCAAUGGGUACUGUCAACUGCUUGCUUACAAUCAUUUAUCAAAAUGUCUAUGUCAGUUCUCACAUCACUUCCAGAAUAUUUGUUUUCCUACUAUAGAAGUCAAUGGUUACAGCAGCUGUGUGCUUACUAUCAUUUAUCAAAAUUAUUCUGUCAACUGUUUCGUUUGAUAACUUAAAUAAGUAUCUGUGAUUUUUUCCCCCUAUCUUCAUUACUGCUUGUUCUUCAGUAUCUUCAGAUUUAGUAACUUUAUUUACAAUGUGAAAUAACUACUUAUCCACACUUAAUAAAAGGCUUGUAAUGCAGGUAACACAUCCUCUCAGCAUGUCAUACCCAUCAAAAUGUGCUGCCACACUUAAUAAAAGGCUUGUAACAAAGCUGUAUAAAGCUGUGAACUGUGAGAUUGGACUGUGAUUACGAAAUGUUUGGCAGACAGAUUUCACUACUGGACUGAGCAUUAACUGAGAGCCUCCCUUAUUAUAAAGCACCUGCCUGCUUGCGUUUUGCCCAAAGAAUAAAAGGGGAUAACAUGUUUUAUAUUGUGCUGUGUGGUUUUAAUACUGAAAUAAAGAAUUGUUUAAUUGCCA